AUGGGCUACGAGGGCAAUGGUUACAACUGUACAGAUGUUGAUGAAUGCAGACUUGGGAAUCACACCUGUCACAGUCAGGCAACGUGCAGAAAUACCAAUGGGUCGUUCACUUGUACCUGCAAUGAAGGUUAUACAGGAAAUGGAACCACGUGUGAAGACAUAAACGAAUGUGUUGCAGCACCGCGAAAAUGUUCAGGUGCAGGUCAAGAAUGUUUCAACUUUCCUGGAGCAUUCCGUUGUAAUUGUUUUAGUCCAAGACAGCAAAUUAUUGAUGGAGAAUGUACUGAUAUUCAGGCCUCUGUCGAAGGUCAAUUUGUGAUUAUAAAUCGCGUCUACAAACCCGCCUAUAAUGAUACACAAAGUUUAGAGUACUAUGAAAUUACUCAACUGUUAAUCAUUGAGCUUACGAAUCUCUACACGAGAACAGCAAGGCUACGUUUUACCUUUCAGUCAAUCAUCAUUUUACGACUAUUCCCAGGAUCUGUUGGUUUUGAUUACGUUGCAACAUUCAAUGAUUCCGCUGGAAUAAACAAUGAAAAUAUUCAAGAAGAGUUAGUCGAGUCAAUGAAUGUAACGCAAAACGGCACAUUUCUUGGAGCAGAUUUCCAAAUCAGCGAGAGCACAAAUCUCACUGAAGUAAAAGACCAAUUUAGUGUGAAAGAUUAUGACGAAUGCAAUCCACAAAAUAGUAUCCAUACUCCUGAUUGUGGUAACAACGCGUUAUGUAGGAACACAAACACAAGUUAUGAAUGUAUUUGUCUUUCUGGAUAUGAAAAAAAUAACACAGGCUGUAAUGAUGUUGAUGAAUGCGCACUUCGCAAGGACAACUGUGACAAUCAAGCAACGUGUAAAAACACAAAUGGGUCGUUCACUUGUCUCUGCAAUGAAGGGUAUACAGGAAACGGAACUACGUGCGAAGAUGUUAACGAAUGCGCACUUGGGACUCAUAAUUGCGACAGUAAGGCAACGUGCAGUAAUACCACCGGUUCGUUCAUUUGUACCUGUAACGACGGUUAUACAGGAAAUGGUACUGCAUGCGAAGAUGUUGACGAAUGCUCAGUUGGGACUCACAAUUGCCACAGUCAAGCAACGUGCAAUGAUACCACUGGGUCGUUCAGCUGUACCUGCAAUGAAGGUUAUACAGGAAAUGGAAUCAUGUGUGAAGAUGUUGAUGAAUGCGCACUUGGCACUGACAACUGUGACAAUCAAGCAACGUGUAAAAACACCACUGGUUCGUUUACUUGUACCUGUAAUGAAGGUUAUACAGGAGAUGGAACCACGUGCAAAGAUGUUGAUGAAUGCGCUCUUGGUAGUGACAAUUGUGACAAACACGCAACGUGUAAAAACACCACUGGCUCGUUCACUUGUACCUGUAAUGAAGGUUAUACAGGAGAUGGAACCACGUGCAAAGAUGUUGACGAAUGCACAGUUGGGGCUCAUAAUUGUCACAGUCAGGCAACUUGCAGUAAUACCACUGGGUCGUUCAAUUGUACCUGCAAUAAAGGUUAUAAAGGAAAUGGAACCAUGUGUGAAGAUGUGGACGAAUGCAUAUCUGGAACGCAUAAUUGUCACAGCCAAGCAACAUGUAAAAACACCACUGGUUCGUUCACUUGUACCUGUAAUCAAGGUUAUACAGGAGAUGGAACCACGUGCAAAGAUGUUGACGAAUGCACAGGUGGGGCUCAUAAUUGUCACAGUCAGGCAACGUGCAGUAAUACCACUGGGUCGUUCACUUGUACCUGCAAUGAAGGUUAUUCAGGAAAUGGAACCAUGUGUGAAGAUGUAGACGAAUGCAUAUCUGGAACGCAUAAUUGUCACAGUCAAGCGACGUGUAAAAACACCGCUGGUUCGUUCAAUUGUACCUGUAAUGAAGGUUAUACGGGAAAUGGAACAACAUGCGAAGAUAUAAACGAAUGUGUUGGAGCAUCGCGAAAAUGUUCAGGUCAAGGUCAAGAAUGUGUCAACUUCCCUGGAGCAUACCGUUGCCAUUGUACCAGUCCACGACAGCAAAUUAUCAAUGAAGAAUGUACUGAUAUUCAGGCCUCUGUCGAAGGUCGGUUUGUUAUUAUAAAUCGCGUCUACAAACCCGCCUAUAAUGAUACACAAAGUUUAGAAUACUUUCAAUUUACUGAACUGUUACUCAUAGAGCUUACGAACCUCUACACGAGAACACCGAGGCUACGUUUCACCUUUCAGAAAUGCAUCAUUUUACGCCUAUUCCGAGGAUCUGUUGGUUUUGAUUACGUUGCAACAUUCAAUGAUCCCGCAGGAAUAAACGGUGACAAUAUUAAGCAACAAUUAGUUGAUUCAAUGAAUGUCACACAAAACGGCACAUUUCUUGGAGCAGAUCUCAAAAUCAGCAACAGCACAGAUCGCACUGAAGUAAAAGGCCUUUUCAGUGUGAAAGAUUAUGAUGAAUGCAAUUUACAAAAUAGUAUCCAUACUCCUGAUUGUGGUAACAACUCACUAUGUAUGAACACAAACACAAGUUAUGAAUGUGUUUGUCUUUCUGGAUAUGAAAAAAGUAACGGAAGCUGUCUUGUAGCCAUUGCGGUUGACAAAGAUGAUGUCAAUAUCGUCAGGAAUUUGACGAUCGCAGUCAUUUUAUGGAGUACACUGUGUUUUACGAUCGCCAUUAUUCUGGUUCUCAUCGCUGGAUUUAGCAUGUGUUCAGAAAUGUAUGGUGAGAAACAUCAUUCGCAAUUUGAGACAGAAUUGCAAUCAAUGCCAGAGACUGUCACUUCUCCCGUCUACACGACAUAUCCUGCCAUGGAACAUUAUUAUGCAGGCAACGAGUAAACAUACUUUUUGAAAUAAGGCCUAUGAAAAUGUAUUGCGAUUUUAUGCACAUCAUAAACAUUUGUCCCUAAAUUUAAUUAUCUAUAUGCACUCACAUAAAGUACAUACUUAGAUUAUUGAUUUCACGUAAUAUUACUACUUUUAUACAGUAUGUAUUUUUUAUUCACUUCCGUGUAUACAUAGAUGUUAAUGUUUAAUCAAAAUUAGGAAUAAAUAAA